AUCUCCUUCGCCUCCAGGGAGCUAGGGGGAGAUGGAUAAAAGGAUAGGCUGCCCCGUGGAAGGAGAAUAGUAUUGUUCCUAAAGUCCUGAACGGUCGUUAGCACUCACCAUGGUCUCCUUCUCGUCACUUGCCCUGGCUUGCUCGGCCAUCACCGCAACCUUUGCAGCACCUAGGCAGCUUCCCGAUUUCUCCAAGUUGAGGAGGGUCGUCGAGCGUGAUACACCACAAGGCUCAGGGAUGAACAAUGGUUACUUCUAUUCGUGCUGGAGCGAUGGGGGCUCGUUCUCUUACAACAACCUCGCUGGUGGCGAGUACUCCGUCAACUGGAGCAGUGGCAGCGGCAACUUGGUCGUUGGAAAAGGAUGGAACCCGGGCGGAGCCAAGAUGGUUACGUACAAUGGGACUUGGCAAAGCCCUGGCAAUGGAUAUCUCUCCUUGUACGGUUGGACCGUGGAUCCGCUCGUGGAAUACUACAUCACCGAAAAUUUCGGCAGCUACGACCCUUCAUCAGCUGCUUCCAAGAAGGGGACGGUCACCUCUGAUGGGUCGGUCUACAAUAUCCUGACGACUACACGAACAAAUGAACCAUCCAUCAAGGGCACCGCGACUUUCCAGCAAUUCUGGAGUGUGAGACAGACUAAGCGUAUUGGCGGAACAAUUGACACUGGAGCACAUUUUGCGGCCUGGGCAAAUUUGGGCAUGAAGUUGGGCACGCACGAUUAUAUGAUUCUUGCCACUGAGGGGUAUCAUAGUACAGGUUCGGCGGAUAUCACUGUUGGUGAGCUCAGUGGGAAUGCGAGUGCGCAUUAUCGAUAG